AUGAGGAGAGUUCAAGGUGGGCUUCCAGCAACGAACAUUGUUCUUGCCGAAGAACAAAAUGCUGAAGAUCAAAAAGAAGAUCGCGAUGUCACUAUCAACGUCCCGGAGGAGACAGACUUCGCCGAUGCUGCUGUCAAUUACAUCGAAGCUGCUGCCGAUAUUCCCUACGCAACAGCAGCCAAGAUCGCCAUGAAUCUCAUCAUGUCGCAUGAACUCGGCCAGUAUCGGCCUCAGGGGAUGGAAACAUGCGCCCUAUGCGAGGAGAACGACAGUGUUGACGAUGACAGGAAGAGACACACCUACACCGUUGGACACCUCCGCGAGCAUGUCGCCCAACGCACUCACCAGGAUCGUGACGCGGGAAUGGCAGCGGAUCCUAACGACCGCGACUUCACAUGUCCUUACUGUUUGGAGGCCGCGGGCGAUUCUGAGACUUUCAAGGCCAUGAAGAAGUUGACUCUGCACAUAUGGCGCUCAAACAGCACGAACAUCACGGGCAAGAAUGAUUGGACCACUCCGGAGAACAGUGCCAAGCACGACAGGCUCAAGGCUGAGGCCAGCUGGGACGACGAGAACUGGCAGGUGAACACAUCCUCGAAUGCGAAGAUGUCAGUGGUUCCGCAUCCCGCCCCAUCUUCGUUUGAAAUUGCUAACCGUUUUGUGAUCAGGGGCGCCACACAGCGAGCCAAGACUCAACUUGCUGCUCGCAAGAUAGAGGCGCAGAAGUCCGACAGUUGCAAGCGCAAGUUCGAGCAGCCCGUGCCUGUGCCGGGACAAUCGGGAAUCGUCUGGGCCCAGCCUGGCCAAGUUGUUGGCGAGGACCUCGAGAACCCGGGUCCCGGUAUCAUUUUUGGCGCUGCGCCUGGUUCGUCCGGCUACAAGCCACCUAUCAAGCCCAUUCCUGGCGUGAUCACCAACGCACCUCCUCCAGGCUCCCCAGGAUGGAAGCCAACGGUUACGGAGCCUCCACGUGGAGCGUGUUGA